AUGCCGGACCGUGGCCUCCAGGCCAUCAUCGUCGUUUGCAUCGUUAACGGACUCGCAGGACUCUUCAUCGCUCUACGAUGUAUCUGUCGCUUCGCCAUCGUGAAGAGCCCAGGUCUCGAGGAUUGGACGCUCAUCACGGCGAUGGCUAUGUCCAUUGUCCUUGCAGUCGUCGUUGACCAGCAACGGCGAUAUGGCCUGGGCAAGCACGCCGUUGACGUCCCGCCCGAGGACAACACCAUGAUCCUCAAGAUGCUGUAUAUCUCCGUCAUUGUGUACAACGCAGGUCUCAUUCUCGUCAAGUUCAGCCUGCUGCACCAAUACCUCCGCUUCUUCGUGGAGCGCAAGUGGCGCCGCGCUGACUACACCAUCAUGUGCAUCGUCAUCGGCGGUGGCAUUUCGAUCAUCUUUACCGGCAUCUUCACCUGUAAUCCCAUUCCGCGCUUCUGGGACCGUGCUGGUGUUGAAGGUGUCUGCAUCAACAUACAAGCGCUGUGGUACUUCUACGCCUCCUUCAACCUCCUAACCGACAUCCUCUGCUGGGCUCUCCCCAUCCCAGUCCUCGCCAAGCUCGUCCUUCCCAGUCGACAGAAAUAUACACUGAUGUUCGUCUUCACACUGGGCCUCUUCGGGUGCAUCAUCGGCAUCCUGCGCAUGUACUACUUGUAUCGCGCCACCGUCAGCACAGACUUGACGUACGAUAAUGUCGCGGCUGCGAUGUGGAGCGCCAUCGAGCUGAAUGUGGGGAUCGUAUGUGCCUGUGUGCCGGCGUUGAGACCAGUGGUGGCGAAAGUGCUGCCUAGUCUGGUCGCGAAGACUAGAUCGUGGACUGGGACCGGGAAGCGGGCGGCUGGGCGUGUGGAAUUGGUGCCAGAGGGCAUCAGAGAUGACCAAGGUUUGGUCGUUCGAAAGGAGUCCGGGCCAAAGUGGCGUGAUCUCGAGGAGGGGCGAAGUGAGGAGAAUGCUUCGGACGCUGGUCGAUCCACGUAA